AUGCUGGUUACCUAUUUGGAAGCCAGCCGGGACCUUUGCGAUACGGACUCAAUUCUUUUUGGCGCCGCACUGGCAGUCUGCCGUAUUAUAGGUGCCAAACUUUCCACGGCUGGACGCGCUACUGGACAAAGUAGUGCUAUCCCAGCCUGGAGAAUAAGAAUUGAAGAACGUAUCGCAAAGGCUAGGGCCCUCAUCGGCAGACUGAUAUGCUUCAGGUCAGGCAAUACCAGGCCAAGGAUUGUGCGCACCGUCAGGAUGGCGUUUGCUGGGACAAAUGUUAGUUUGUCCCAGCCGGAUAUAAUGCAAAAACUGACGGAGCGCAUAGACGACCUGAAGCAAAGAAUAGCUGCUUGGGGAAAGCGGAUUCGGCGAUAUACCGAGAGGUCGACACGGUUCAACCAGAAUCGUCUCUUCCAGAGUGAUCAGAAGAGGCUCUAUAAAUCAUUGGAGCGACCAAUAGUAAGUGGAACGGGCCCUGCACCAAAUCAGGCCGACAUGGUCGCAUUCUGGCGCAGCCUGUGGUCAGAGCCCUUAAACCACAACGAGGGCCCUUGGACGGAAGUUGUGGCGAGUCAGUGUGCGAGUAUUACGCCCAUGGACCCCGUCAUCAUAACGCCGGAUGACGUAGCUGAGGCGGUUCGUAGGGCCCCCGAACUGGAAAAGUCCGGGGCUUGA